AUGCAGCUGUGGGAUCUCGGGUCCUGCGGGGGUUGGUGCUGUUGGGCUGGGGUGGGGGUCAGGGGUGGCCACAGGGGCCGAGACGUGUCCGGGCGGGGGCUGGGGUGCGGGGAGAGGCCGGCGGGAGGGGCGCGUGGCCAGCGGCGCCUCGUCUCCCGUGUGAGUCAGGCCUGGCGCUUGCAGCGGCGGCGCUCGCGCUUCAGCUCGGCCCAGCUCGCCGGGGACCGGGUCGGUCAGUCGGCCGGUCAGCCAAGCGCCCCGAGCGCACGGCACCGGCAUCCAUCGAUCGGGCCGCGGGGCCGGGGUGGGAGCAGGCCCGGGAGUCUCCGGGAGGCCCAGGGCGCCCGCCAGAGCCCAGCCGCGCCGCUGGGACCCCGGAGCGCCACCACGGACGGCGCCCAGGACGCGCGCGCGCCCCUGGACGGGGCCUUCUGGAUCCCCCGGCCCCCCGCGGGCGCGCCCCCCGGCUGCUUCGCCUGCGUGGCCAAGCCGCCCGCGCUGCAGGCCCCCGCGGCCCCCGCGCCCGACCCCGCGCUCUUCCCCAUGGACCCCAAGAGCGCCAAGGCCGACAGCGUGCGCGCGGGGCCCGGGGCCGGCCCGCAGCCCUGCAAGCACCUGGCGGAGAAGAAGACCAUGACGAACCCCACGACGGUGAUCGAGGUGUACCCCGACGCCAGCGAGGUCAACGACUACUACCUGUGGUCCAUCUUCAACUUCGUCUACCUCAACUUCUGCUGCCUCGGCUUCAUCGCCCUCGCCUACUCCCUCAAAGUGCGUGACAAGAAACUGUUGAAUGACCUGAAUGGGGCCGUGGAGGACGCUAAGACGGCGAGGCUCUUCAACAUCACCAGCUCAGCCCUGGCUGCCUCCUGCAUCCUGCUCGUCCUCAUCUUCCUGCGGUACCCGCUGUCCGACUACUGACGGCUGGCCACGCCGCCCAGACCCGCUCCUGUGAUUUCAAUAAACAUGUGCCAGCUCUGCA